GGAAUUGUGGCAGCCAUGCGGUGGAAAUGCGUGGUCUUGUUUUUCCUUACUUUGUCUGUUGUCACUAAAGUCAAGGCCAGACUGGUCAGCAACCAUGUUGGCAGUAUCUGCAGCACGUGGGGCAGAGAGCACUUCAAGACAUUUGACGGUGAAGUUUACCAGUUUUCUGGGACGUGCGAGUACAACUUGGCGUCGGACUGCCAUUCGGCCAUGCAGGAGUUCUCGGUGCACGUGAGGAGGGAGACGAACGACGGGAAUCCAACUAUCAGCUAUGUGGUGGUCACCAUCAAUAACCUUGCGUUCCAUCUCACCAAGGAAGUGGUCACCGUUAACGGCCAAGCGGUCUUAUUGCCACACUAUAAUAGUGGAGUUCAAGUGGAAAAUAACGAUGUCUACAUCAAACUGCAAUCAAAAGUUGGCCUUGUUGUCAUGUGGAACGGUGAUGAUGCAGUCAUGGUGGAGGUUGAUCGUGACUAUGCUAAUCGCACUUGUGGACUCUGUGGCGACUACAAUGGCAUUCCUGUCUACAAUGAGCUGAUGUACAAUGAUCGAAUAAUUAGCCACAUUGAGUUCGGCAACAACCAGAAGGUUCAUAACCCAAAUGAUGAUUGUGAGGACCCCUUUGAGGAGGACGGAGAAUCACUUGAAGAUGUUCCAACUGCAAAUUCAUGCGAGGAGUUUAAAACGUCGUGCAACCAGUUGUUGCUUUCUGAGUCUUGGAGGCCCUGCACCCAACUUAUCGACCCUGCACCCUACGUGCAGGCUUGUGUGCAGGACAUGUGUGGCUAUAACAACCACACAAAUGACACCUGUGUCUGCAGCACACUCUCCGAGUUCUCUCGACAGUGCUCCCAUGCUGGUGGAGUGCCUCCCAACUGGAGGACGUCACUGUUUUGUGCCAAGCAGUGUCCUUACAACAUGGUGUAUGAAGAGAGCGGUUCUCCUUGCAUGGACACGUGCACACACCUGGACACCAGUUCCAUGUGUGAGGACCACAGAAUGGACGGCUGCUUCUGUCCCCCCGGCACUGUGUUUGAUGACAUUUCAAUGAGGGGAUGCAUUGAGCAGUCGGAAUGUCAGUGCAAGCAUGGAAAAGUCUACAACUCGAGUGAGGGCUACCAACAAGACAAAGACAUAUGCACAUGUUUUCAGGGCAGAUGGUUUUGCGAGUAUCUUCAGGGGCCAGCUACAUGUGCGGUAGAGGAGGGUUCACACGUGACCACCUUCGAUGGCAAAUCGUACACCUUCCACGGAGACUGUUAUUACACGCUAGCCAAAGUGGAAAGCAAGGAUGCCUCAAGUCCAAAGUUUACCAUCCAGGUGCAACUGGUGCCUUGUACAAACCAACACUUUGACACUUGUCUCAAGGCGCUUAAAAUCCUGUUAAACAAUGACAGAAACAAUGUGUUAAUGUUCAUUGCCGACGGGACAGUAAAACAAAACCAGCAAAUCAUCACUUUGCCGUACCAUACAGCGGACAUCAACAUAUUCCACGCCUCGUCAUUUCACAUCUUGCUCCAUACCAGUUUUGGAUUGCAAAUUCAGAUUCAGCACGUGCCUCUCAUGCAAGUGUACGUGCGGCUCGAUGAGAGCUACAACGGAAAAACGCGUGGUUUAUGUGGCAACUACAAUCUGGCCUUGUCUGAUGACUUGAAAACCCCUCAGGGGAUUGUCGAGGGGACAGCGACCACAUUUAGUAACACUUGGAAGUCGAACCUCAUGUGCCGAGACACCAGGGAAAGACUCGAUGACCCGUGUUCUCUCAGCGUGGAAAAUGACUUGUAUGCAAAACACUGGUGCGCCUUACUGUUACAACCAAAUAGCACCUUCGAGCAGUGCCAUUCAUUAGUAGAUCCUGAUGUGUACUACAAGCGGUGCAUUUAUGCCAGCUGCAAUUGUGACAAGAGUGAAUCCUGCCUGUGUGCUGUCUUCUCCUCCUACGCCCGAGCGUGUGCAUCAAAGGGAGUCUUCUUGAUGGACUGGAGAGUAAACGUGUGUGAUAAAUACACAAGGACCUGCCCAGAAUCUCAGAUCUUUUCAUACAAGCAUCAACGGUGCGAGCUGACCUGCAGAUCGCUGAGUUCGACACUGCCGAGUUGCUCCUCUGACUUCCUGCCCGUGGACGGCUGCUCCUGUCCUGAGGGUCAAUACCUCGAUGACCAUGCCAUCUGCAUCCCCAAAGAAAAAUGUCCCUGUUAUCACAACGAGGCCAUCAUCCAGCCAGGGAAGUCCAUCAACAUCAAGGACGAACACUGUGUUUGCAGUAAUGGUGUACUUCAUUGCCACUCUUGGAGACUCCGCUCAUCAACAUGUCCUCCACACAAAGUGUACUUCAACUGCUCCAAUCCUGGCUCGGGACAACUUGGAGUUCAAUGUGCACCAACUUGUUUAAAUCUAGACAGCGAUGAUUGUGACUCCAACGAUUGUGAAUCAGGUUGUCAAUGUCCAGACGGACUUUUUGACGAUGGCAAAGGUUUCUGUGUGGAACGGUCACAAUGUCCGUGCAAACAUGAUGGAAUAUUGUAUGCUCCUGGGAAACAAAUUCCAAAUCAGUGCAACAUGUGUACUUGCAAAAGUGGAAAAUGGGAGUGCACAGAGGAAAAAUGCCCUGGAACCUGUAUUAUUUAUGGAAGUGGUCACUAUAAUACAUUUGAUCAACGUACAUAUGGUUUUCAAGGACACUGCAGCUAUGUUGCAGUCAAGAACAAAUGUGGCAAUAAAACAGCAGAGGACAGCAUUGGCGUGAUCACAGAGAACGUACCGUGUGGCUCUACAGGCACCACGUGCUCAAAAACUGUCAGAAUACAGUUGGGGCGAAAGGAAAUCAAACUAUUCAAAGGAAAGUAUGAGGAGGCGGACCUGGCUCAGGGCAAUCACAUAGAGUACAGAAUUAGGACAGUUGGCAUGUAUCUGGUUGUAGAAUCUGUCAUUGGUAUGGCAGUGAUGUGGGACCGCAAAACGACUGUCCGCAUCCUCUUGGAACCUCAGCUCAGUGGACAAGUAUGUGGCCUAUGUGGAGAUUUCAACGGCAAUGAACAUAAUGACUUCACCACUCAGGGUCAGCUAUUAGUGACCAAUGUGUUAGAAUUUGCAAACAGCUGGAAAACCAUCAGCAGUUGCCCGGAUGUGGAGACAAACGUCAAUCCAUGUAAACUAACACCCGGUCGUCAACACUGGUCCAAAAUGAUGUGCAGCAUUGUAAAUGGAGAAACAUUCCAAGCAUGUCACAAUACGGUGGAUCCACGUCCAUUUUAUGAAAACUGUGUGAAAGACUCGUGUGCCUGUGAUACUGGAGGCGACUGUGAAUGUUUCUGCACAGCAGUUGCAGCGUACGCUCAAGCUUGCAAUGAGGCUGGGGUAUGCGUUGCAUGGAGAACACCAGACAUCUGUCCUGUCUACUGUGAUUACUAUAACAACCCUGAUGAAUGUCGGUGGCACUACAACCCAUGUCAUCAACCCUGCUACAAGACCUGCUUGAAUCUAGAGGGAAAUUGUAGCAACCCCUUGCCCAACUUGGAGGGUUGUUAUCCUGUCUGCCCAGAAGAUAAGCCCAUAUUUGAUGAGGAGCACCAAAUAUGUGUUCAGGAAUGUGAAGGUUGCUUUUACAAUGGGACAAGAUAUGAUGAAUAUGAAGUUAUUUACAAUGUGACUGACAACCUAGGAAUGUGCUACUAUGCAAUUUGUAUUAAUAAAACUGUAAUAUUUGGAAAUGAAACCUGCUCCACUACAACAGCCAGUCCUGUAACAACACCUGUAACUGGACCAGUUACUACGACUGAGGGGCCAACCACCACCUACACAACAGUCCCACCGUCAACAACUUCCACGACCACCAAAGUAACCACAAUAACAAGAUCAACUACUCUAUCAACAUUACCUCUCACCACAACAGAAAAGCAAACUACAAUCAUAAAAUCUACACCUCUGACAGAAACUACCAGUCGAGAGCCAACCACAACGAGAUCAACUAAAACACCAACAGCACACCCGACGACAACUGAGGGAGGAACUACUAACACAAAAUCUACAACAAGCCUUCCUCCUAUUUCAACAACAAUUGAGGGACCUGUAACUGGAACUACAGAAAGCCCACCAACUGCCCCUGUUUUUACAAAAUCUACAACCACCACAGUAGGACGCACCACAAAAUCUGAAGGUUCAACAAUGGCAACAACAUUAACAACCAUAACAGACAGACCAACUUCGACGAGUAUAGGUCCAACGACGACAACAAAAGGUGCGCGGGCAUGA